AAGGAACAGCAAUGGUGACAAAGACACUACCUCUUUCGAAAGAAAGAAGAUAGAUAUCCAGAAAGGCAUUUGAAAUGUGGUGAGUGCAUUUUAUGCCGGCCACCCAUCUUUUUUCCAUUGACGUUUUCUCACACCCAACAGAAACAAACUACCCAACAACGCGGGAAUCCCCCUUUGCCAUUUCUUCUCUUUUUCAUUUAUUUCUCUUUGUGUCGUGCCGGCCUCAACUGCUACCUGAUCCAAAACUUGUCAAUAACCCUUUUUUUUCUUUUAUUUGUUGUUUUCCAUUUGGGUUUUGUUCUUUCUAAGUGCCUCUUAGCUCACUUUCUUUUAAAACCAGCUCUUUUUAACAAUACCCAGUUUCAGAUUCUUUUUUCACUCUGACAAUGGCUACAACAAGUUCUGGUUUGAGACCAGCGCAAAGGGCUGAAAGGCAAAGAGUUUCUCAACAAGGUCUUAUCCAUGGUGGGAAUUCAUUAACGAGAAGUUUAAAUAAUGGCCAAAACUCUCUUCGCUCAAAUGAUACCAAACCUCUUCAUUUUCCUCCUGCUCCUACUUCUAGACGUUCAGUUACUCCAAAUUCUCGUUCUCACUCCAGGGACUUUGAUGAUGAUAAUGAUCCUGGGAGGGUGAGAGUUGCUGUAAGACUUCGACCAAGAAAUGCUGAGGAUCUUCUUUCAGAUGCUGAUUUUGCUGAUUGUGUUGAAUUGCAACCCGAGCUGAAGCGUUUAAAGUUGCGAAAAAACAACUGGAGUUCUGAAUCUUACAAAUUUGAUGAAGUCUUCACGGGAACUGCUUCUCAGAAGCGAGUUUAUGAAGUUGUUGCAAAACCUGUGGUCGAGAGUGUAUUGAGUGGUUAUAAUGGGACAGUUAUGGCCUAUGGUCAAACAGGUACUGGCAAAACUUUUACACUUGGCAGACUUGGUAAAGAUGAUGCAUCUGAACGUGGUAUUAUGGUUAGAGCUCUAGAGGACAUAGUGGCCAAUGUAUCUCUUGCUUCCGAUACUGUGGAAAUCUCGUAUUUGCAGUUGUAUAUGGAAUCUAUACAAGAUCUGCUUGCACCUGAAAAGACAAAUAUCACUAUUAAUGAGGACCCCAAGACUGGGGAAGUAUCAUUGCCUGGUGCUGUCACAGUUAAAGUCCAAGAUCUUGAUCAUUUUGUAGAGCUAUUGCAAAUUGGUGAGGGAAAUCGUCAUGCAGCUAAUACAAAGCUAAAUACAGAAUCUUCACGUAGCCAUGCAAUUCUAAUGGUUUAUAUCCGGAGGUCUGUCCCUGAAAAAGUGGAAGAUGAUAUUAACUCUCAAGAUAGGAAAACAAAAAGCAAGUUGCCUCUGGUUAGGAAAAGCAAGUUGCUGAUUGUGGAUCUAGCAGGUUCAGAAAGAUUAGACAAAUCAGGCAGUGAAGGUCUUUUGCUUGAAGAGGCUAAGUUUAUUAAUCUCUCUCUUACUUCACUGGGAAAAUGCAUAAAUGCAUUAGCUGAGAAUAGUCCACAUAUACCUACGAGGGAUUCUAAACUUACAAGAUUGCUUCGUGAUUCUUUUGGAGGCUCUGCAAGGACUUCACUUAUAAUAACAAUCGGGCCAUCUUCACGACAUCAUGCAGAGACCACUAGCACAAUAAUGUUUGGGCAGCGGGCUAUGAAAAUAGUAAAUGUGGUAAAGCUUAAAGAAGAGUUUGAUUAUGAAAGUCUAUGCCGGAAGCUUGAGACUCAAGUAGACCAUCUUACUGCUGAAAUUGAUAGGCAACAGAAAUUGAGGGAGAGUGAAAAAUAUGAUUUAGAAAAACGACUGCGGGAUUGUCAUGAUUCUUUUAAUGAGACAAGAAAGAAUCUAGUCACAAGGUCUGAGUUAUUAGAGCAGAAAAAUACUCGCUUGGAGUUGGUCAUUGAAGAGGCGUUAGCUGAAUUAAACUGCCAAAAAGAUCAGAACUCUUUGUUGGAAGAUAAAAUUGCAGACUUGGAAAUGAGUUUAAAACAGAACAAGCAAAAUCAGCUGGAAAAUUCUACAUACCAGAAAGUACUAGCCGAUACCACUCAGAUGUAUGAGAAAAAGAUAGCCGAGUUGAUGAAGCAGCUAGAAGUUGAGCGAGCCAAGUCUGAAAGUGCUGAAGAACAGUUAGAUGCAAUGAAAAAGCUUUCAGAUGAGCAUAAAAAGUUGAUUCAGCAUCAUGAGAUGGAGAAUUCUAAAUAUCAGAUGGCUCUUGCCGACACUACUCAGAUGUAUGAAAUGAAAAUCACGGAGUUAACUAAGCAAUUAGAGGACGAGCACACCAGGUUUGAAGGUGCACAAGAACAACUAGAUUUGGCAAACAUGCUGCUAGCAGAUUAUCAGAACUCGACGCAGGGGCAGGACGAAACCAGUGAACUGAGAUUGAAGUUAGAAGAAAUGUAUCGGCUUCAUGAAUCUACUGUAAAUGAACUACAAUCCCUGAAAGCAGAAUUUAAAGAUCAGAUCCAAGAGAAGGAAGCAAUUAGUGAAAAGCUUUAUGCUGUUCAAGAAAAAUUAUCGGCAGAAGAAAAAAGGAGGAAGGCUAUUGAGCAUGAGCUUGUAAAUCUUAAAAAAGGUGCGCCUGAAGGCGAUAAACAUUUUGAGGAUAAGAAAUCGUACAUGAAGGAAAAUAUCAGAGGAACUUCAGUGUUAGGUACCUCAGCAAGCCUCAAUAAGUCAGGCACAUUAAGGGUCACGCAAUCUGCUCAGAGGGCUACAAUUGCAAAGAUAUGUGAAGAAGUCGGACUUCAAAAGAUAAUACAAUUGUUAACUUCUGAAGACUCGGAUGUGCAAAUCCAUGCUGUGAAAGUGAUAGCCAAUCUUGCUGCUGAAGAUGUUAACCAGGAGUCUAUUGUGGAGGAAGGCGGUUUAGAUGCCCUGCUUACGAUGUUGAGAUCAUCUCAAAAUGCUACUAUACUUAGAGUGGCUUCUGGGGCCAUUGCUAAUCUGGCAAUGAAUGAGAUGAAUCAAGGUCUAAUAAUGAGCAGAGGAGGUGCUAAGUUACUAGCAAAGACAGCUUCUGGGACAGAUGAUCCACAAACUCUUAGAAUGGUUGCCGGUGCACUUGCCAAUUUAUGUGGAAAUGAAAAACUACACACAUUGCUAAAAGAAGAUGGAGGAAUCAAGGCAAUGUUGGGAAUGGUUAGAUCAGGGAAUAGUGAUGUGGUUGCGCAGGUUGCUAGAGGACUGGCUAACUUCGCUAAAUGCGAAUCCCGAGCAAUGGUUCAAGGACAUCGCAAAGGCCGUUCACUUCUAAUGGAAGAUCAUGCACUUGAAUGGUUGAUUGACAACUGUAACACCACAUCGGCUUCAACCCGACGUCACAUCGAGCUGGCGCUUUCUCAUUUAGCACAAAAUGAGGACAAUGCCAGGGAUUUUAUAUCGAGUGGAGCAUUACAAGAGCUUCAACGGAUAUCAAAUGAAUCAAGCAGAGAGGAUAUCCGCAACUUGGCAAAGAAGAUGCUGAAAUCAAACCCUGUGUUUCAGAGUGAGAUGCGUUUAGGACAGCAGUAAGAUGUACAUACAGUAUGAACCUUACAAUUUGUUUAUGUAUUCUCUAAGUUACUAGAUUUCUAUUAGGGGUAGUAGCUUUCACCUUAAGUUAUUAAUAUAUAUCAUCAAAUAACUUCAAUCCAUCAA